UUUCCGUGGAGACACACGGUUCCCCUCAGUUGCCCUGAGGAGAGCAGAGGGAGAUGUGUGUGGAGCUGUGACAUUUGGAGGCUGUAUUUUGAUCAUUUUUGUGUUUCACACAGCACUUCAGCAGAGUCCAGGACAGAGCUACUCAAACAUGGAAGGAGUGAACGGGAUGAAAAUGAGACUGAAGAAUAACAUAGAGGAGAUUUUGAUGGAGAAUCAUAAAGAAGAGGUUUUGCCAGCAGAUGUGUUGAAAAACAUGAUUUCUGAAGCGAAUAAAGUGAAGAGGAAUGCAUACUGUCCCUACAGCCAGUUCAGAGUGGGGGCCGCUCUGCUCACCACAGACAACCACAUCUACACAGGGUGUAACGUGGAGAACGCAUGCUAUAACCUGGGCAUUUGCGCUGAGAGGAACGCCAUGUCCAAAGCUGUAUCUGAGGGCUGCAGGUCCUUCAAGGCCAUCGUCAUCACCAGUGACUUGAGUGAACACAUCUCUCCGUGUGGAGGCUGUCGACAGUUCAUGAGAGAGUUUGGUGCUGACUGGGAGGUGUACCUGACCAAAACAGACGGAUCUCACCUGAAGAUGACCGUUAAGGAACUGCUUCCCGUUUCCUUCGGCCCUGAGGAUCUGUCCAUGAAGAAGCUGCAGAUCCAAAAUGGCCACUGACCUACUCCAGGACACCACGUUGGGUCCUACUGAACAUAAGUGCUGAGACACACUUUGACACUGCCACAUGAGCCAUAUAUGUAUUUAAAUGUGAAUAUUCCUGUGGUAAUGUCAAAUAUUUAAUAUUCAAAUAUGUUAUUUAGACAAAUGGAUAAAUAUUGAAUUACUGGUGGUGUAACUGUGUUGUAGUUUGAACACUUGAAUGAACAUCUCAUAUAUUUUGUACAUGUAAAAUUACAAUAAUCAUGGCACAUGUUUACUAUAUUGAAACUGCAAUACAAUUGAAUUUGUGAUGCACAGAAUGACAAAGUCAGCAUCUAUUAAAGGAGGUUUAGUCUUGGUUGAGUCUUA